AUGACCACAGAGACCUCUCUCGAUGUAGCUCUCGACCGGCUGAACAUCGACGAUGCGACCACUGGACGUCAAAUCGAAGUUCGCGAUGGCAAGCCGGCACCUGGAGCGCCUGGACCUGCGAAGCCCAUCAAGAGCGACACCAUAAUCAUGUUUGAGCACGACUCGCAGGAUAUGGCCAAACAUCUGAACCAGGAGGUCAGAGAACGGGACUACGUUCUCAAGGACAUCAAGAUGCCCAAAACCUAUAACUGCGAUAGAUGCGCCGUUAUAUGCACCCCUAGGAGGUGCGGGAAGUGCCAGAGGGCUGUAUACUGUAGCUCUGAGUGCCAAAGAGCCGCCUGGCCCAAGCAUAAGGGGCUCUGCAAGAGUCUUGCCCAUUCCAUCUCUCCAACUGAACGUAACUUCGAAAAGGCCACACUCAAGCUUGCUACACGGAUGCUGGGCGAUCACGACUUUACUGAGCAGAUAGCAUCGAUCAUAGUCGCGGUCCUAUCUCUCCACUACCACCCAGAACGCGGACGCACACAUCGAGUCACGUUUGACUGGGACCUUGUACCACUUCGUACACCAGAAGAGUACCGCCAGAAUCUCCCGGCAAAGGGACGCGUGGAUGGACACGGGAAACAGCGUUUCAUGCUCCAAUUGGUUCGUGCGGAGGCUGAAGCCAUCGCCGAACAUUCACUAGUGGGACGCAAGCUGAUAGAGAAUCGCCGCGAGGACUACCUUAAGCAGAACCGUGCCAGGCUCCGCAGUCAAGGCGCACCGGAGGAUGCUAUGGACGACUGCCACCACAUCCCGUUCUUCUUCCGCUACAGUAAGAUCGAUCGCGACCCCAGGGCUUCCAUCUUCUUCACGACGAUGAAUCCGGGCAUCGUGGCGUUCAAGUACGCGGCGGUUCUCGGGGAUAUGGUGAAGCUCAUCGAAUUAUCUGGGAAAGAGGUGGAUGAAAACGAUUAUAUUCGCUACGCGGUUCGUCUCAUGAACAGCCAGAUAGUGACCUCUCAAAUGGGGCGCAACUUCCGUACGAGCAUCAGUCUGGAUGAAGCCGCAGACGAAGACGAUUGA